GGGGUCCCUCCCUCCCUCCCUCUUUCUUCCCGGGCCUCUCCCCGCCCCUGAGAGGGAGGACAGGGGCAGGCAGCCUCCUCCGGCCAGGAACCCUUCCUGCCUUCCUUUCUUCCACCACUUCUCUCCCUGACUCCUCUUCGCCCACCGGGCAGCCCUUCCGACGGCCCCGAGCAGGAUUCCCCGCAUGGAAGGUUUCUAAGGGCGCCUUCCAGAAGAAGGAAGCAAGGACCAGGCAAACAUGGGAAGUUCACGCCAUUUCCAUUUAGGACACUGGACUGGGCAGACAUUGCCAAUUUUGGUACUCCUAGAACUGACUAUCUUGCUAAGUGGCAAAGUGGAAGCUGGAGGAAAAUCCUAUACAGGACCAUGUGCAGGAAGAGACUGCAGUGGAGUAUGUGAAUGCCUGCCAGAAAAAGGUUCCCGUGGCCAGCCAGGAUUGCUUGGACAGCAAGGACCCUCUGGACCACCUGGCCUCGAAGGUAUCCCAGGGCUACCAGGUCACAAAGGAGACAAAGGUGAAAGAGGCCAACCAGGAAUAACUGGACCCAAGGGAGAAGUGGGACAAAGAGGGGUCACUGGAUUUUCUGGUGCAGAUGGUGUUCCUGGCCAUCCAGGUCAAGCAGGAUCGAGAGGGAAACCAGGCCAUAAUGGCUGCAAUGGGACCACAGGGGAUCUGGGUCAGCAGGGAAGCCAGGGACCUGGAGGCUUGCCUGGUUUCUUUGGAAUGCAAGGACCCAAAGGUCAGAAGGGGGAGCCUUUUGUACUGACUCCAGAAUUAGCUAGACAAUUCCUGGGAGACCCUGGUGACCCAGGCUUGAUGGGCUUCCCAGGGCCUGUUGGUGCCCGUGGUCCUGUAGGUCCAUUUGGUCUGGUUGGCAACCCAGGUCCUCCUGGGCCUCCAGGAGCACCAGGUCCUCCAGGACCUCAAGGCAACAAGGGUAUUGGCUUUUAUGGAGAUACGGGUGACAAGGGUGAUCCUGGCCCACCUGGUCCCCCUGGGCUUCCAUCAACAAGAGAGUUGGUCAUUUCAACGGAUGUAAUUUCAAACGAAUACAAGGGUGUGAAAGGAAUAAAAGGAAUAAGGGGACAACCUGGAAUUCCGGGUUUCUAUCCAUAUAUUUCAGAAAAGGGAGAAGAUGGAGUGACAGGCUUUCCAGGACCAAGAGGUUUGCCAGGAAUCAAUGGCCUCAAAGGAGCUGAUGGAAAUGUGGGUUUCCCAGGACAGGAUGGCAUCUCCGGUACUGCUGGUCAAAAAGGAAUGAAGGGAGAACCAGGAGACCGGGGUAUUCAAGGACCACCAAGUUAUGCGCUUCGUCCCAGACUCAUAAAAGGUGGAAGAGGUGACUGGGGAGCUAGAGGUGUUCCUGGACCUCAGGGAGACAGGGGUGAGCAAGGGAGUCCUGGCAGACCCGGCCUGCAAGGAUCAUCUGAUGAUGCCUCCGCGAGAAGAGGUUUGCCUGGAGAAAUGGGGCCCAAAGGUUUUAUUGGUGAUCCAGGUUUCCCAGCUGCUUAUCCUGGCCCUCCAGGUUUAGAUGGUGCUUCCGGAUCCCCUGGAUUCCCUGGGGCACCUGGCCCUCCAGGAAGUUCAGAGUAUUAUUUUGGGCAGAAAGGACUCCCCGGACUUCAAGGUCCUGCAGGCAGACAAGGUUACCCAGGGCCACGAGGAGAAAAGGGAGUGAAAGGUGAGGAAGGAGACUGUAGAUGUCCUGAAGGUAUAGAGGGAAAGAGAGGCCCUGCUGGACCACCAGGUCCACCAGGAUUUCCGUCCAAUGGGACAGCAGGGGGAAAAAGAGAACUGGGAGAUCAAGGCCCACAUGGGGUUCCUGGCUAUGCUGGUGCAAAGGGAUUUCCGGGUGCACCUGGACCUCCUGGGCGACAAGGGCAAAAAGGAGAUGCCCGAAACAUUACAACAAAAGGUACCAAAGGAGAACAAGGAACUGCAGGGAUUCCUGGACCUAGAGGAGCAGAUGGUUUACCAGGCAGAGAUGGUAAAGAUGGUAUACCAGGAUUUCCUGGCCUUCGAGGCGAUGGUGUAAGAGGUGAACCCGGGGAUGCUGGUCAACCAGGCCCACCAGGCCCGAAGGGUUUUCCAGGUGAACUUGGCUCGCCUGGUAUUGGUUUGCCAGGUCCAAAAGGAUAUCCUGGCCCUCCAGGCGAUCCUGGGGUGUAUGGUAGUCCUGGAUUUCCAGGCCCUCCAGGUCCUCCUGGUGCUCCUGCUGAAAUAGACUGUGGACAAACAGCACAAGUUAUCAUAGAUAUCAGAGACAAUAGAACUGAACCAUUUCAACCAGGGACUGGCUGUAUUCAAGCUCCAAAAGGAGUUCCAGGGCAUCCAGGUCUUCCAGGACCAAGAGGUGCAAAAGGUGCAAAAGGAAUUCCAGGUGAAUUUGGCCUGCCAGGAUCAAAAGGAUUUCUAGGCCUUCAAGGGGAUCGAGGUCUUGAAGGUUCACCUGGCCCAGCAGGAUUUAGUGGACCCCGAGGAAACAAAGGUGCACCAGGGUUGCCUGGAGAGCAGGGCCUUCCAGGCAGUCCUGGCUUGCAAGGCCUGCCAGGUCCUCAAGGUGCAAAAGGAAUUACAGGUGAUAGACUAGGAGCGCCACCAGGCUCUCCAGGGAAUGCCGGACCACCUGGGUUCCCAGGACUGAAAGGCCAGCAAGGAGACCAAGGCAUACCGGGACUCAGAGGAAGUGAUGGUGUUCCUGGCCCUGCUGGACCCAAAGGAUACCGUGGCCCUUCAGGAUCUGUUGGCGCGACUGGUGUGCCAGGACCACCAGGAUCAUUUGGGUUCCCUGGAAUGCCAGGCCAGCAAGGACCCAUGGGCAGAACAGGAUCUCAAGGAUAUGUUGGCUUACCUGGUGACAAAGGGGAUCCAGGAGAUCCGGGACAACCUGGUCCCAUAGGCCUGAAAGGUGUGGCAGGUGGCAAAGGUGACCCAGGUUUCCCUGGAGCUAAAGGCAAGGUUGGUGAUCCUGGUCAUCCUGGGUUGGAUGGAAUGCCUGGCCUCCCAGGUGUGAAAGGUACUAAAGGCUCUCCUGGAAUUGGCGGUUUCAAAGGUGCUAUGGGCUUCAAGGGGUGGCCAGGAUGGAAGGGAGUCCGAGGAGAGAGUGGCCUCAUUGGACUUCAAGGUGUUCAAGGUCUGCCUGGUGAAUCAGGAUGGAAAGGUGACCGUGGGAACCGUGGUUCACCUGGAGCACCCAUUAAAAUCAUGCCUGGCAUGCUGUUAGAAGUGAAAGGUGAAAAAGGAGAUGAAGGUGAAAGUGGUAUCAAAGGGACCCUUGGCCUUAAAGGAAGUAAAGGCAUGCUGGGCUUUCCUGGCCAGACAGGAAGGUCGGGUUUACCUGGAUUUCCAGGUUUUGCAAAAGGUCAGAAAGGAGACCUUGGACCUAAAGGGGUAAAAGGUGUUUCAGGUUAUCCUGGGACCCCAGGAACUCAUGGCAUCUCUGGCUUCCCUGGAAUCACAGGACGAAGGGGAGAAAAGGGCUUUCCGGGGAUUGUUGGUAUACCUGGUGAAAGAGGCCAGUCUGGGGAAAUUGGCAAUACAGGAGAUACUAGAAAUCUGCCAGGAACACCGGGUUCUAAAGGGGAUGCUGGUAUACCUGGAUCCAGUGGCUUGAAAGGAGCCAUCGGUGAAAAAGGUGAAGCUGGUGAUCCAGGUCCUUUUGGCAGUGAGGGUAUGAAGGGCUUGCCAGGCUCCCCUGGUUUAAGAGGGCAAGGAGGAUUCCCAGGGCAGACUGGGGAACGAGGCUCACCAGGAGACCCAGGUAUUCCUGGAUCAUCAGGUGAAAAGGGAAAUUCUGGGCAGAUUGGGUUCCCAGGAGAAAAAGGUAUUCCUGGCAUCAGAGGAAUCCCUGGAUUAGAUGGUUUACCAGGUACUAAAGGCUUCCCAGGAUCACCAGGACCAGAUGGAUAUGGCCUCCCAGGUUUCCCAGGCAUUUGGGGUGACAAAGGUACAGUUGGAGAACCAAGCCCUGUUGAGGGUAGUAGAGGACCUCCAGGUCAGAAAGGAGAAAGAGGAGAUCCAGGAACUCGAGGCCCACCUGGUGCUCUUGGACCUGAUGGAAGGCCAGGCCUUCCUGGUGUUUCCAAUAUAUCAGGAACAUCUGGUGAUGAGGGAUCUCCAGGCUUGAAUGGAGUACCAGGCUACCCAGGCCCACCAGGGAUACCUGGGCUAGAUGCUCCACCUGGGACCAAAGGAGAAGAAGGACAAAUAGGUGUGGUUGGAGAAGAUGGUCAAAAGGGACUUAGAGGAGAUCCAGGUGCAUCUGGAAGACCUGGAAUACCAGGUUUUCCUGGAGCAAGAGGGUAUAAAGGUGAACAAGGAGUCAUGGGCUUUGUUGGUCUACUGGGAAUUCCUGGUGAAACUGGCCCCACUGGGCCCAAAGGAGACAGAGGGGCUACUGGAUUUCAGGGACCUCCAGGUUCUCCUGGACUGCCUCCUAUCCUCCCUAAACUGGUGGCUGAGCAAGGGUCACCAGGGGCCCAUGGAAACAGAGGGCCUCCAGGCACUUUGGGUGAAAUGGGUCCUCAAGGUCCACCAGGAGAUCCAGGAUUUAGAGGCCCAACAGGUAAUCCAGGACUGCAAGGAAGAGGAGGAAUGCCAGCAUCUCCAGGCUUCAGAGGUGAUCAAGGGCGACCAGGACUGCAAGGCCCAGGGGGCUUUGAAGGUUCUGCAGGUGAACCAGGUACUCCUGGGGUGCCAGGUAUGCCAGGACGCAGUAUUAACAUAGGAUAUCUUCUGAUAAAGCAUAGCCAAUCUGAUCAAGAACCCAUGUGCCCUGUUGGUAUGAACAAAUUGUGGAGUGGCUACAGCUUGCUGUAUUUUGAAGGGCAAGAAACAGCACAUAACCAGGACCUGGGUCUGGCUGGGUCAUGUUUGGCUCGAUUCAGCACUAUGCCUUUCCUCUAUUGCAAUCCUGGUGACGUCUGUUACUAUGCAAGUCGCAAUGACAAAUCCUACUGGCUCUCAACUACAGCCCCUCUUCCAAUGAUGCCUGUGGAAGAAGAAGAGAUCAGGCCUUACAUCAGCCGUUGCUCAGUAUGUGAAGCUCCAGCCGUUGCGAUAGCUAUUCACAGCCAGGAUAUGACUAUUCCACACUGCCCUGAAGGAUGGCGGAGUUUAUGGAUUGGUUACUCCUUCGUCAUGCAUACUGCAGGUGGUGCUGAAGGUGGGGGCCAGUCCCUUGUUUCUCCAGGGAGCUGUCUAGAAGACUUCAGAUCAACACCAUUCAUUGAAUGCAACGGUGCUCAGGGGACCUGUCACUAUUUUGCCAAUAAAUACAGUUUUUGGCUUACUACCAUUGACCGUCAGUUUCAGCCAUCACCAUCAUCAGAUACACUCAAGGCUGGACUUAUCCGAACACACAUAAGCAGAUGCCAAGUCUGUAUGAAGAAUUUGUAAAAUAGAGCGCUUGUGUUCAAAUGGCAAGGAACAAAACUUGUUGGUGCUUAUUUAACUUAUUACCUCAAAGUCUGAAGAAGUUGAUUUUCUGGAAUAACAAACCACUCCAGAUGCUAACAACAAAAUUGUAGUUUCUGCUAUCAUUCACAUUAUUCAUUAGCUAACUUUUGUAUUGAUGCAAAUAGUAGACUUAUUUUGAAACUGUAGACAAAAAUUAAAUACAUAAAACUUCGGCUGUCUGUUACAGCUGAUUUACAUCACCAAUUGCUGUAAUGUAAUUGUCCCAUGUACUUCACUGGGGAAAAAACUAAGUCAUAAUUCAGUCACUGAAUAGUAAUAGUAUGCAAAGUGUUCUUGUAGUACAUUUGUAACAUAUUAAAGGAAACAAGUUAGCUUCAGUUAGUCUCAAAGGUGCUACAAGAUCCCUUUGCAUACUGAUUUUCCAGACUAACACAGCAAUGUCUUUGAAUUCUAUUAAAAUGGAAGUGCAGACUACACAGGAAAUGGCUCAGAAAGUUAAAAGACAAGUACCAUAUUAAAAUUUAUAUGCUGUAUUAAAAUUAGAGCAAUAGUCAGGUGCUUGUAGCUUCAAAUUGCUGUAUUUUCUUGUUGAAACAUUUUGGGUAGAGUCCAGCACAGAGCUAAGCGUGUUGGAAGACCUAGGGGCUUGAAACAGGCUCCCAGUUAGUUUGUGUUACAACUUCAUUUCAGGUCCAUUCUCUCUUUCCUAAAGUGUGUUGCUGUUGUUUUACAAAACAAUAUGUUACUUCACAUGCAUAAUAGUUUCCGUACCCUAUAGACUUUGUCUGUGUCCCACAAAACCUUUUGAUUUUACAUGCUGGCAUCUUGAAGAAAUGUUGGACUGUUGUGCACCCUGAACUGCAAAACCAAUGCAAGCAUUGCACUAUGGCCACAGAUAGAUUCUCCUUCAGUACUGCUAAAUGGAACUGCAGACCAACAGGGCUUUUUAGUUAAUAGGUGGGCAACCUGCAACCCUCCAGGUGUUGUUGGACUUAAGAUUCCUGUCAGUGGAAUCAUGGCCAGUGGUCAGAAAUGAGUGGGGAUGUAGUCCAACAGCACUUGGAGAACUUCAGAUUUUCAACCUCUGAUUUAACCCAUCUCAGAUAAAAACAGGAGUAAAAUUAUGUCCAAAGUCAGUAGUCUGAUUGUUAACCAGAAUAGAGCAGUAUCAGAAGGCUUGUGGGAUUAUGCCUUGCAAUUGGUCAGGUGUGAUUCAGCCUGCGGUCCAUAACUUACUGGCUACAGAAAAAGUCCUACUGAACUUAAGACUUUUAAAUAUGCAUGCUUAGGACUAGGCUAUCAGACUUUCUGACUGCUGCUCCCUGCUGCUAGGGAGAAUGAUAUGAGGAGUUAUUUUAGAAUCACAUUGCUGAGAGAGAACACAAUGGCAUAAGUGCCAUAUUAUCUCUUCCCUUGCAGCCAAGGAGGAAUCAGAUACACCCCUUCCCUGACAGUGGUGCUAUUGUAAGAUAAAAUUCUAUACACGCUUGGCUCAAACAAACCUGGCUUGACUUUCAUAUAUAUUAUACAUAAGAAUGCAAAGUAAAUCAGGUUUCAUCUGCAACCCUUUCCCCAGUGUUGCGAAGCACAACAAAAAGAAUCAUAUAGAAUUACAAUAUUAAAAAUCAAGAAUCUCCCUCUAGUUUCCUCUGACUAUACUUCACUCUCCAUUACAAUCAGGCAAUGAGUACUUCCAUCUUAGAGCCCCUUGAAAUAACACAGGUGGGCUCUAAACAAGAAGUACUCAGAUGCACUUUAAGGUCUGUUUCAUUCCUUGUGUGAUACCUAAGUUUUAUUUUGUACUAUUAAUAAAAUACUAUGUUUUUAAAGCUUU